UUCACUCUUAUCAUAACCUAUCGACAUGAAGGCUGGUCUGGAUAACUGGGUAGACAUCCUGAUCCUGGUUGCCUACUUCGUGUUCGUAUUUGUUGUGGGAAUUUUGUCCAUAUGGAGGAGAGACCGUUCUACAGCCAAAGGCUACUUUCUGGCUGGAAGGUCCAUGCAGUGGUUCCCGAUUGGUGCGUCUUUGUUUGCCAGCAACAUAGGAGCGGAGCAUUUCAUUGGCUUGGCAGGGAGUGGGGCGUCUAGCGGAAUAGCAGUUGUCGCAUUCGAAUGGGGGGCCGUGUUCUGCCUGCUGAUGCUGGGAUGGGUGUAUCUUCCUGUUUAUUUGACAUCAGAGGUCUACACUAUCCCGGAAUUUUUAAAGCGGCGAUUUGGCGGGAAAAGAUUACGAAUCUAUCACAGUUUGAUACUCCAGUUAUCCUACAUCGUCACUAAAAUCUCCGUCGACGUGUAUGCCGGGGCAGUGUUUAUCCAGCAAGCGGUGGGAUGGAACACUUAUCUCUCCAUCUUUGUUCUGUUGGCCGUCACUGCUGCAUAUACCAUACUGGGAGGUUUGGCUGCCGUGAUAUUUACAGACGCUCUUCAAACCAUCAUCAUGAUUGUCGGAGCCACAACGCUCGCUAUUAUAAGCUUUAUAAAAGUUGGUGGAAUUUCAGCGUUAAUUUACAAAUACUUUGAGGCCGUUCCUUCCCAUAGCGAUGGCUUAGUGAUAAAUGGGACCUCUGUGAAUACAACCUAUAAUUUUACGGAUGCCAUCAUGUACAAUAUCACACAGCAGUGCGGUCUGCCUCGGCCUGACGCCUUCCACAUCUUCCGCGAUCCUGUCAACUCGGAUCUUCCAUGGCCGGGACUAAUAAUUCGAACCACCUUUAUCUCCACAUGGUUCUGGUGCUGUGAUCAGUUAAUAGUCCAAAGAACGUUAGCAGCCAAAAAUAUUGCCCAUGCCAGAGGUGCGACCAUCUUCGCAUCAUACAUCAAAUUGUUGCCCAUGUUCAUCAUCAUUCUUCCAGGCAUGAUCAGCAGGAUAUUAUUUCCAGACACCGUGGCCUGUGUGGAUCCAAAAGUCUGCAUGGAGGUCUGCGAAAACCCAGCCGGGUGUUCAAACAUCGCUUAUCCUCAGCUAAUCUUAGAUUUGGCUCCAACAGGCAUGCGUGGUCUGAUGAUGGCAGUCAUGAUUGCCGCUCUCAUGAGUUCUUUGACAUCGAUCUUUAACAGCUCGGCAACAUUGUUCACGAUGGACCUGUGGAAACGACUCAGAGUGCAAGCCACAGACAGAGAACUGCUCAUUGUUGGAAAAAUUUUCGUCGUGAUUUUGGUGGGGGUCAGUAUUUUGUGGAUCCCCCUCAUUCAGGCGGCGGAGGGUGGGCGCCUCUAUUUCACCAUACAAGCACUGACUGGCUACCUGGCUCCCCCUAUCGGCGGAAUUUUUCUUCUUGCCAUAUUUGUACCAAGAGUCAACGAACAAGGUGCUUUCUGGGGAAUGGUGAUCGGCCAUUCUGUUGGAAUUUCCAGGAUGGUUUUGGACUUCAUCUAUCCGUCCCCUAAAUGUGGUGAGCAGGACACAAGACCCGGGGUGGUCGCUAACAUCCAUUUCACGUACUUCUCCGUGCUGGUACUGGGGCUCUCCUGGGUAGUCUGUCUGUUUGUUAGUCUGUUUACGAAGGCUCCAUCAAAGGAUGCGCUAAGAGGCCUAACCUUUUGGACCACGGAUAAGUUACUACCGCCGCCAAAAGGAGUCGACCUAGAAGCCGAGACAAAUUAUGACCCAUCAGAAUCAAUCAAACUUCAAGAGAAGACAAUUGUAGUGCAAGGGGAUAUCGGAGAUGAGAACAGCACUGUUCCGGUUGGUGGAGAUACCCCCUCCCCGGCGAAGAUGGGGAACCGUCCGGGGCUUCGGAACAGGAGGAAGCUGUAUAUGACGAGGAAAUCCAAGAUCCUGUUGAACGUGAACGCCGUCGUUCUGGCCUCGGUCUUUGUGUUUCUCUACGCGUUCUUUGCGUAACUUUGAUUUUCUCUUUGCGAUUCAAUAAAACAUGUUAUUAUUUCA